UUCCCUCUCUUUAGGUUGUCUGCGCUCCGCUGUCCCCAGCGCCUCCUUGUCAGGUUGUGAGUGUCUGGGGAACGUCAAGGCCCUGCCCCGCCCCCUGCGCCCCAGUAAAUUCGGACGGCGCUGUGAAGGUCGCUUGGCCCUGCGGGGCGGAGGCGCUUGAGGCCGGUCCUGCCAGUCCAACCCGGGCCGCUGACGCCUCCACCCGCGACCGCCUCGCCUGCUGCCCUCUCCGCGGCCGGCGGCGUCCUCACCACGAGGGAACCCGGGCUCGUCCGCGCCUCCCGGGCCGGGUUGCCUCCCAGGCCUCCCCCUCUAACCUCCCCGCCAGGCCAGGGGAAGGUGACCUGGACCUGGCCUGUGACUUCAGGAUUCUUGUGUCCCAGGGUUAGCUAUGCUCCUCCAGAGGCGGCUUCUCAUCCAUGCCCUCCCAGUGAGGGGUGGGAGAGAUAGACCUGUAAACAUGGCAAAGUAGUGGAUGGGUGAGGAAUUGGCAGAAGUGAUGAGAAUGAAAGAAGCAGCUAAGAUGGUAGCAGAGAAGAAAACCAAAUAGAGACAUUUAAAGAUCUGUGUCUCCAGAGAAAUGAAAAAUAGUGAAAUAGGAAGAGAGCCCUUGGCAAACAGCAGCGUGGUGUUGGGACAAGAGGAGAAGGUGGCGGGUGACAAGGGGAGCAAAGGAAGGACGCCUAGGACUGUGAGGUUCAGAGAGCAGGACCCAGGGGCUGCACCAGGCAGGGGGAGGAAGAGCAUCCAUGGGGGAAGAAAGAGGCAGAAAUAGGUGAAAAUUGGGGAUAAUCAAACGACUAAGUUGACAGGGACCCAGAGGUGAACCGAGUACAAGAAUGAGGCAGAAUAGGUAUAGGGGCAGUACCUUAGGGAGGAAAUCAAUGGAGAGUGAGAAACAGUGGCCAUAAAUGGUGGUGGAGGGAAGAGAAAAGAAGAGCUGGAGAGAGGUUACAGUGAGACUGUACAGAGUGACAGAGAAAAACAGGAAGGGAGAAAAGCCGGGAGGAGGAGUGGACCCUGCGUCCAGACCAGGAUGGUCAAUUAGGUUUCACUCCCCAAAACUCAUGUUACCUGCGGAAGGAGCUGGGAAGAGGAGGAGGCAGGAAGAAAAGGAGUCGGACAUGGCUCUUACUUGGGAAUGCUUAACAUUCAGGGAUGUGGCCAUAGAAUUCUCUCCAGAGGAAUGGAAAUGCCUGAAUGCUGCUCAGAGGACUCUAUAUAGGGAGGUGAUGCUGGAGAACUACAGGACCCUGGUCUCCCUAGGAAUCUUUCUUCCUAACGUGAGUGUUAUUUCUAUAUUGGAGCAAGGGAAAGAGCCAUGGACUGUGGAGAAUGAAAUGAAAAUAGCAAGAAACUCAAGUAGGUGGGAAUGCUGUAAAGGACUGAAUACAGAUAUCUCUCCUAAAUGUGUAAUAAAGGGUUCAUCACCAAAAGGGAAGAGCAGUACAGGAGAAAUAUUUAAAAGAGUGACACUAGAAAGACAUGAAAGGAAUAACAUCAAAGGCUUUUCAUUCAAGGAUGUCCAUAAGAAUAGACAUGGCUUUGAGUUGCACUGGAAAGAUACUGAAAGAAAUUACAACAGCGUGCUUGUGGUUCAGAAGGAAAGUCUCAUUAGUAGAAGAGGUCAAGGUAGUAAAAGGGACACAGAAAAUAAACUUAUGAAAAAUUGGCUUGGCUUAAGCUUUCAGGCCCAUCUGCCUGAACUGCAAGCACUUCAGUCUAAAGGAAAAACUGGUAGUCAUGAAGGUGACGGGUCCAUCAACAAUGCUUCCUCAGUUUCACCACCUCAAAGAAUUGCUUCUGUCAAAGCACAUAUUUCUCAGGAAUAUGGAAAUGACUUUAUUUAUUCUUCAUUACUCACAAGACAGAAAGCUCAUGUUAGAGAGAAACCUUACCAAUGUAACGAGUGUGGCAAGGUCUUUAGUUACACUUCAUCUCUAGCACAUCAUCGAAGAAUUCAUACGGGAGAGAAACUAUACAAAUGUAUUGAAUGUGGCAAGGCAUUUUUCAGGCGUUCAUACCUUUUGGUACAUGAGAGACAUCAUACAGGAGCUAAGCCUUACAAAUGUAAUGAAUGCGGCAAAGUCUUCACUCAGAAUUCUCACCUUACAAGUCACCGGAGAAUUCAUACUGGGGAGAAACCUUACAAGUGUAAUGACUGUGGCAAAGCCUUCAGCGUGCGUUCAAACCUCACUAACCAUCAGGUUAUCCACACAGGAGAAAAACCUUACAAGUGCAACGAAUGUGGCAAGGUCUUCAGUCAGACUUCAAGCCUUGCAAUUCAUCGGAGAACUCACACUGGGGAGAAACCCUACAGGUGUAACGAGUGUGGCAAGGUCUUCAGUUCCCAUUCUAACCUAAACACCCAUCAAGUGAUCCAUACUGGAGAAAAACCCUACAAAUGUUCUGAGUGUGGCAAGGUCUUUACUCAAAAUUCACACCUUGCAAAUCACUGGAGAAUCCACACGGGAGAGAAACCUUACAAGUGUAAUGAGUGUGGUAAAGCCUUUAGUGUGUACUCAAGCCUGACCACCCAUCAGGCCAUCCAUACUGGAGAGAAACCUUACAAAUGUGAUGAGUGUGGCAAGGUCUUCACCCAGAACUCACACCUUGCCAGUCAUCGAGGGGUUCAUAGUGGAGAGAAACCAUACAAGUGUGAUGAGUGUGGCAAAGUUUUCAGUCAGACAUCAAAUCUUGCAAGGCACUGGAGAGUUCAUACUGGAGAGAAACCUUACAAAUGUAAUGAGUGUGGCAAAGCCUUCAGCGUGCGUUCUAGCUUAACUUCCCAUCAGGUUAUCCACACUGGAGAAAAACCUUACAAGUGUAAUGAAUGUGGUAAGGUCUUCAGUCAGACGUCAAGCCUUGCAAUUCACCAGAGAAUUCACACUGGAGAGAAACCUUACAAGUGCAAUCAGUGUGGAAAAGCCUUUAAUUCACAUUCUAACCUAAACACCCAUCAGGUGAUCCAUACUGGAGAAAAACCCUACAAAUGUUCUGAGUGUGGCAAGGUCUUCACUCAAAAUUCACACCUUGCAAAUCAUCGGAGAAUCCAUACUGGAGAGAAACCUUACAAGUGUAAUGAGUGUGGUAAAGCCUUUAGUGUGUACUCAAGCCUGACCACCCAUCAGGCCAUCCAUACUGGAGAGAAACCUUACAAAUGCGAUGAGUGUGGCAAGGUUUUCACACAGAACUCACACCUUGCGAGUCACCGUAGGACUCACACAGGAGAGAAACCAUUCAAGUGUGAUAAGUGUGGCAAAGCCUUUAGUGUGCGUUCAAGCCUAACUACCCAUCAGGCAAUUCAUACUGGAGAAAAACCUUAUACAUGUAAAGACUGUGGCAAGGUCUUUAGUCGAAGUUCCAACCUUGCAAGCCAUCAGAGAAUUCAUGCUGGACAGAAACCUUAUAAGUGAAUGUAAUUGGUCACAACUUCUUGCAUAACAUCAGAGAUUUCAUUUUUAGGAGAAUCUUUAUAAAUGCAAUGAGUAUUAAAAGCCAUUUGUCAAUAGUUAAAACAUUAGUGGACAUAAGAGUCCAUGCUGAAAAGAAAUCUUACAAAUUACACAGCACAAGCCUUAAUCAAGUCCCACACUAGAUGCCAAAAUAUACAUCUUUGAUGAAACCAUACAAAUGGAAGGUACUUGUGUAGUUAUGCUAUUAAGAGAUGAUCAUAACUUUAGAUGAGGAUUUAUUCCAAAACCAGUUCAGUCUCUAGCUCUCUAUUAUAUUCUGCAGAAUAUUUCCAAUUAAAAAUAUGUGAAAACCCAUGACCUUAAACACAUGAAAGGUACAAGGAUGUUUGGAAAUACUCAUUCUCUUCUGGUUAUAAAUUAUUUUACCCAGUUAUUUGAGGUCUCUUUGCUAGUUUUGACUCUGAACUUGAAUUUUAAAACAUGUUCAUAUUCUGUCUUCCCUACCAGCCUUUUAUUGUGGCCUCUGAGAAAGAACUAGUAAGAUAGGCUUACCUUUGGUAGAUAAGGGUCAUUUCUGUGUAAUGUCUGAGAAGGAGUUUGCCUUUUGAAGUUUAAAUAUUGUCUAAACUGGCAACUGGAAAAGGCAAACAAUAAGGUAAAACUGACAAAUCAUCACAUUUAUUUGUGUACAUUGCAUCUGCAAAAGAUCACCAUGGUUGAUAGGAAUAAACAUGCUACCAAAUGGUUGUGCAGUACAGCAGGCCAGGAAAUUAGGCCCUGGGGAGUUUAUGGGCUAAGAAUGAUAGCCUGGAAGGGGCUGAGUGUGAAAGAACUAAUAUAGAAAAAUGACCACCUUCUACGUUGACAGUAUGACAGUAAAUGUCAUAGAGCAAAUCAUGAAUGAAUGAUGUCAUUUUUCAAGUUGAAGAAAGAUCAUUUAUACUGUAGAGUGUAAUUGAAAGAACUAGAGUAGGGACUGGGAGGAGUAUAGCUCAGUGAUAGAACACUUGUCUAGCAUGCACAAGACCCAGAGUUCAAUCCUCAGUACCACAAAGAUGAGUAAUUUUAAAAAUAGCAUUUUGUUGAGGAUCAUUGCAUUUAACUGCUGAUGUUAACAGCUUGCAAUUGCUUUAUUCAGAGUAUAUUAUUGGUGUGAUGUUUUAAUAAAAUUAAUCUUUUAGUA